CCUCAAUUACAGAGUUCCUCACUUUCCUCUUAAAAAAAUUGCCACAUACAAAAAGAAAUAAUAAAACAAGAAAAUAAAAAAUGACAAAAUCCGGUGAAAUUAUUCUAAUUGUCAGUGCAGUUUGUUUGUUUUCCCUCUUUGGGGUAAUUCAGGCUGAGGCAGAAGCUCCGACUCAGACUCAAACUCAGUUCCAUGUGGAAGGAAAAGUAUAUUGUGAUUUUUGCCGUGCUUUAUUCGAAAACAGGCUUAGCAAGCCCAUGCCAGAUGCCAAGGUGCGAUUGCAGUGCAGGAACCAAACGGACGACACCGUCACCCUGACGGUCGAGGGCCAGACCGACGAGCGUGGGGUCUACAGCCUCCUCGUGGAACGCGACCACGAGGAUGAGAUCUGCGAGAUGAUACUCAUGAAGAGUAGCAUGGAUGAUUGUACUGAAAUUCCAAAUGAAGGUCAUGCAAAAGAAUCAGCAAGAAUUACUAUCACUAACAAUAAUGGCAUGUCUGAGACUACUCGCCAUGCAAACCCUUUAUUCUUCUUGAAGAAAGAAGCUUCCCCAGAAUGUGAUGAAGUCUUUAAGGAACUCGAAUUAUUGCCUGAAGAAAUUAAUAAAUCUUAAUUAAUUUUACUUGUAGUUCAAGAAACAAGCUGGAUCUCAACUCCAGGUAUCUGAACCGAAUUUUACUUAUAUACAUUGAUAGUGUAAUGAAAUAUUUACACAACCAGCAGGUCAACCAUAAGAUAUUUACAAGUAGGAUUUAAGUCAUGCGCACAACAGUGCAAUGAAUUUUGAUACUUCUAAUGUAAUUUAACCUCUUAUAGCAGGUUUAUUACAAUUUGUUGUAUGUUACCAAAUGAAUACAUAUGGAAUAAAGUUACCUACAAUUACAU